AUCUUACACUCGGUGACUCGGGUGUAUUUUUAUUUUAUUAAGGCUAUUUUCUUGCUCAACCGUUUAUUUUUGAUAGAAUAUAAGACAUAUUCCUGACCCUCAACCAUCAGUUUAAACUUUUGGUUGAAUUAGUCCAUUAACAUGGUAUCAAGAGCCAGUGUGACUAAAAAGUCACGGGUUUGAAUCUCAUCCACCCCUCAUUUCAAAGUAGAAUAUUAAACUGGAUAUGGUGGGGCUCAUGCUACAUCCACACUUGGCAUGAUAAAGUAUAAAACAUAUUUCUGGACCUCAGAAGCUUAAACUUUUGGUUGAAUUGGUCCAUUAACAAUUUCAACCUCACAAAUAAAAAAAUAAAAAAUGGGCAUGUUACAACUUACAAGUGAUAGCGGUCACAUUAGUUGUUUCAUUGACUAAAAGUGAGAAUAAUGACAGUUAUUUGUUCUGUUAACAAGUCUAUAUCUUUUAAAAUACAAAAUCCAAAAAAAAAAAAAAACUGUAAAAACUACUCUUCUCCCGAUUUUUUCGCCUUUCUUGCUCCUCCUAUUUCCCUUCACGUUCUCAUCAAAUAAACAACAUUUAUUUAGGGGUAAAAUAAUCAACGACAUUAUAGCUGUAAAUAUUUUAUUUUUGGUGGGGUUUUAUCAAUUUUUUACCCUGAAAAAAAAGUUGUACAUUUUGGUUCUAUAUUUCAUUUUCAACCAAAAUUUUUUCACCUUAUACAUUUGUUUCAAGGAGCCAAGGAGGGUAACAAAUAUUAACUGCAUUCGAAUUUUCGCCAUUUUUUUUUUUUUUUUUUUUUGUUGAUUUCUGAAUCUUUCAUGUAAAUUCUAUAGGAUAAUUUCAUUAGAUAAGCAUUGCAUAAUAAGAUUUGGUUGAAUUUAUCAACUUGAAGUUAAAGUUUUGUCAAUUUUUUUGUUUAAAAGGUCAUGUUCUAAAAUCCCAUUUGAAAAUGAUUUUCAUCUUUUAAUCUUUCUAGGAAUCUACCUGUAUUUUCUAAACAUUCAAACAGCUGUGCAAUGUACUGGAUUGAUUGGAUAUUUGGAUUCCCAUCAUAUAAAAUUACAGUUUUAAAUUUUUUUUUCCUUUUGACAUGUUCAAUUUUUUCUUUGUAAUGCUUCAUUCUGGCAAAGAAAACAAAGUCAAUAUUUUUUUUGACAUCUUCAUUGUUUUGGCUUCAGAGUAUGCUAAAAAUAACAAAAACAAUCAACCAAAUAAAGGUCUAAGUUAUCUCCAACAAGCUGAUUACGACAACAAGGGAACCCGAGAUUAUGAUCAUCGUAUGCUAAAGAGUUGAAAGAAGGAAGGUGCAAAGGGUGGAAAGAUGGUGGCAGGUGGGGAUCACGACCUGCAGCAAUGGAAUGCACAAGGGUCCGAUGCUCGCCACGAAAAAAUAUUUGUAUCAGUUAGAUUAAGGCCUCUCAAUGAAAAGGAAAUUCAAAGCAAUGACUUUGCGGAUUGGGAGAGCAUCAACAGCACAACCAUUUUGUUCAAGAAUGGCCUUGGUGAACGGUCUACGAAUCCGAAUGCCUAUAAUUUUGACAGAGUAUUUGGUCAUAACGACUCUACAAGGAAAGUUUACGAGGAAGCAGCCAAAGAAAUUGCUCUCUCUGUUCUCAAUGGCAUUAACUCUAGCGUCUUUGCUUAUGGACAAACAAGCAGUGGGAAGACCUUCACAAUGAACGGAAUUACACAUUAUGCUGUAGCAGAUAUCUAUGAUUACAUAGAACAGCAAAAGGAGCGUGAAUUUGUGUUGAAGUUCUCAGCCAUUGAAAUCUAUAAUGAACUUGUUAGGGACCUUCUAAGCACGGACACUAAUCCUCUCCGACUUCUGGAUGAUCCUGAGAGAGGUACAGUUGUUGAGAAGUUAACCGAAGAAACUCUCCAAGAUAAGAGCCAUCUUCUAGAGCUCAUUGCUGUAUGUGAAGCUCAAAGACAGACGGGAGAGACUUCUCUGAAUGAAGCCAGCUCUAGAUCUCAUCAAAUCCUCAGACUGACGAUUGAAAGCUCUGCUCGUAGAUUUGGUGGUGGAAAUUCAAGUAUUCUUGCCGCAAAUGUGAACUUUGUGGACCUUGCAGGAAGCGAGCGUACUUCUCAGACAUUAGCAACUGGUGCAAGAUUGAAAGAAGGUUCCCACAUAAAUCGAAGUUUGUUAACUCUUGGAAAAGUUAUUCGCACAUUAAGCAAGGGAAAGAAUGGGCACAUUCCUUAUCGAGACUCCAAGUUAACACGUAUACUACAAAACUCUUUAGGAGGAAAUGCAAGAACUGCCAUUAUAUGUACCAUGAGCCCUGCUCACAGUCAUCUAGAACAAUCAAGAAACACCCUCUUAUUUGCAAGUUGUGCAAAAGAAGUUAGCACCAAUGCACAGGUUAAUGUGGUAAUGUCUGACAAAGCAUUGGUGAAGCAGCUAAGGAAAGAAUUGGCCAAAUUAGAGAGCGAUUUGAAGAAUAUGCCCAUGGUUUCUUCCAAGGGCGAUGUUGCAGCUGCUCUGAGAGAGAAAGAAAUUCAGAUAGAAAAGAUGGACAAAGAAAUAAAAGAACUCAGUAGACAACGUGACCUUGCUCAAACAAAGGUGGAAGAGCUGCUACAGUCAAGCAAAAAGGAGGUUUCAAAACCACAGGAUGAUGAAUAUGACCAUCAUAGAAUUGAUUCACGGGAUAAAUUAUCAUGGUUUGACGAUACAUCAGAAAUAUCUGACGGAUCAGAUUACCGGCGUCUUGAUGCAGACCUGGCAACUUCUGAAUCCUUUCAGUAUCUUGAUCAACAGGACAAUUUUGACCUUAGCACUCAACGGUCUGAUCUUCUAGAAAACAUUUACCUUCUGCCAAAUGAAUCCUCACUGCAACCACUGGACGACACCACACUAGAUUUCACUCCUGUUGAUCUGUCACUAAGCUGGGGGGAAAUGGGCAGCACUGGCAACAUCAGAAGAAGAAUCGAUGAAGACGAUGAAGAUAACUGCAAGGAGGUUCGUUGUAUUGAAGUUGAAGAAAGAAGCAUUAGCAAGAAUUCUGAAUCAUCAGUUCCUGUAAUGAUUUCUCCUCGAGAGAAAGAAAUUCAGGAAGAGGGUAUCGUAAAAGAUGUGCAUGAAAGAGAGCAUACGAUAUCAGAUGAUGAAAUAGAGAGUGAAGAGGAGAAAGAAAAUGAAAAUGAAAAAGAAAGAUUUAAUGUCAAAGAAAAGAAGUAUGCCAUAUCAGCUGGAAAGAAUGAAGAUAAUGAGACACCACAUUCUGCUGCUGAGUAUGAUGCACCAGUGACUGAAAAGAAUGAAGAAAAGGAGUCGCAUCACUGUGAUUCUGAACACGAUCAAUUGGUAAAAAGGAUCAAGGAACUCCAAAGGACUAUUGACAUGCUUGUUAACCACAAUCCCUUGGGAAAUUUCUCUCCUUGUUCCAUCGACUCAGAGAGAUUGAGCAACAAAGGGUCGAGCUUCAGCAGAAGCAGAAGCUGCAAGGCAAUUCUUACAUCAAACCCCGCCUCAUCUAUCAUUUUCGAUAAGGUAGUCCUCCAUUCUAGGGACUUAUCAUUUGCUGGAUUUGGUGAAGAGAUAAGCUCGGAAAGACCAAAGGGCUUGCCUCGGGGAUCAGAUCACAUUCCUACGGGUAAUGGAAAGCCUUCGAGAUUUGGCCUCCCUAUACCUUCUAUAAGGAAUGCAAUAAUGAACGAAAUGGAACGGGAUGCUAAGAACUCAGAUGUCAGUGAUGCUUCCAGCUUUUACAGCUCUGCUGUAGAAACAAAUGGAAAUGCCGAACAUGAGUCUGGCAAGCAAAUGGGAUAUGAGAUGGAUGGUAACAAAGUUGAGGAGGAAAACGAACCAAAGGACAGUGAAUCUAGUGAAAGUGCAAGAGAUGUUUCUUCAUAUGUGAUGAGGGUAAGGGAUUCCAUGUCAGAAGGAGCGAUGAGCACUGCACAAUCCCCAGCAAACUGGUUCGAAGAAUUUGAGAGUCUACGGUUCAAGAUAAUUGAACUUUGGCAUGCUUGCCAUAUACCAUUAGUCCACAGAACCUAUUUUUACUUGCUGUUCAAGGGUGAUACAUCUGAUAAGAUUUACUUAGAGGUAGAACUCCGAAGGCUGUCUUUCAUCAAAAACAGGUUUGAUCAAGGCCAGAAGAUUGUUGUGGAUGGUGAAGUUUCUACACCAUCUUCAAGCAUGAGGGCAUUGAAUCAAGAAAGGGAGAUGUUAAUGAGGCAAAUGUACAAGAAAAUUCCAGUACAAGAGAGGGAGUCAAUCUUCGAGCAGUGGGGGAUCACAAUGAACAGCAAGCAGAGGAGACUGCAACUAGCUCGCCGCCUUUGGACAGACACCAAAGACAUGCAACACAUCAGAGAAAGUGCAACACUUGUGGCUAAGCUGGUUGGUUUCGUAGAUGAAGGUCAAGUGCCUAAGGAGAUGUUUGUUGGUCCAAGUAUCACUACUAAAAGCAUAAACCGAAGAUCUUAUAGCUGGAAAUCAAGCAUGUCGAGGGUAUCCUAAUGCUUUUGACAUGUAAGUGUAUAGAUUAUAAUCUCACUCUUUUACAAUAACAAACUUUGGUAUUAAUUACAUUACUAAUCUAAUUUUUUUCCUUCUGAUUGUUAAACUUUCGGGUGUUGGAAAACAGCAACUUUAACUUCUGACUUCUGUGUUUAUUCCUCAUAAGAUAUGUGUAAUUGACUCAUAAAUAACUUAUGGAUUGCCUUACGCACUAUCCCCCUCUAUAAUUUUGGGGUACCAUGGUAAUAUUUUUUUUUUCCCCCGAUAUUUAUAAAUUGUUUCAAUUCAAAAAAUUAAUUCUUA